AUGGAUUCGGAAUCCCUUCUUCUAAAGGUUCCAGAGAACAAGAACAGGUUUAUUGAACUGUGCCAUAAACUUGGAGCUUAUAAAUAUGGAGACUUUGUUCUUAGAUCCGGACUCAAAUCUAACGUAUUCUUCAAUUCAGGAGUCCUCACAGACUGCGAAUCUUUCGACUUGAUGACAGAUUUGAUGAUCGCAAAGUUGGUGGAAUCCAAGGUGGAAUUCGACGCCUUUCACGGAUGCCCAUACAAGGCCAUCCCACUGGUUUCAACAUUAUGUUUAAAGUACUAUAAAUUAACCGGCAAGAAGGUGUACUUUGGGUAUCACAGGAAAGAGGUUAAGGACCACGGCGAGGGUAAACUUUUCGUCGGUUCCCCUAAAGUUUUCGAAGAAAACUCCAGACUAGUUGUCGUGGACGACAUCUUGACCAUGGGCACUUCAGUUUCCGAGAGUCUUUCUUUGCUUAAAACCACCCCUGCCAAGGUUGUUUGUGUUCUAAUUUUGCUUAACCGAGAGCCUAACUAUGGCGAAUUUGCCAAGAAACUAGAUGGCAUGGGCGUCAAGUUCCUCGAGGUCAUGAAACUAGAUGAGCUCUUGGAGCCUCAAAUGUACUAUACUAAGUAA